GAGCCAACAUGGCAGACGGCAAGGGUGGAUCGUUUACCAAGGUCGUCCAAAAACAUGCAGGGCGUGCAAAAGAAAGGAUAUUGCAAAACCUUGGGCGAGCAGACAAGACAAAGGAUGAGGUUUUCGAAGUGUACUUGUACAACUUCACAAGGCAACAGACGGCAGCAGCCAAGCUGCAGAAGGAGUUCAAGAACUAUGUGCUGUGCAUCAAGAGUCUGCAGCUGGCCAGCAAGGCGCUCAUGGACACACUUAGUGAAAUCUAUGAACAAGAGUGGGUUGGUCACGAGCAGAUCCCCGUCAAGGCACAGACUCUGGAACUCCUGUGGGAUGACUACCAUAGAAAGAUGAAUGACCAGGUGAUGAUUCCACUCAACAGCUACAUCACCCAGUUUGCAGACGUUAGAGGGCGCAUAGCUAAGCGAGGUCGCAAGCUGGUUGACUAUGACAAGUGCCGACACAGUGUUGAGAGUCUGCGUAACUCUGCAAAGAAGAAGGAUGACUACAAGCUGGGCAAGGCACGAGAAGAACUUGAGGAUGCCAAGCAGAUGUACGAGGUGAUCAACAAUGAACUGCACGAGGAACUGCCUGCACUCUACGAAAACCGCAUCCCGUUCCUGGUGUCCAACCUGCAGACGUUCUUCACGGCCGAGAGCACAUUCCAUGCAGAAAGUGCUCAGGUGUUUUCCUUCCUGGUGGACACAAUGCAGAAGCUAGCCACCGAGAGCGAGCGCCAGGGCACCACCGUCGGGCCCUACCCCUUGCCCAAUCCGCCAAGGCACUACUCGCCAAAUCGCUGUGCGCCUCCGCUCCGGCGCACCCAUUCGAAUCGGGAACGCACAACUGCCGACACCAAUGCAAUGUCGCUCAACUCGGUCGUGGUGCCCUGCCCUCCGGUGCGACUAGCCGCCGGCAAUUGCCGAGACACCACCGCGCAGUAUGCCCGCGUCCGGCGCCACUCGGCACACGGGCGGCCCCUCGAGAAGAGCCGCCGCGGGGCCAGUUUUCUCUCACUCAGUGCUGCUGCCGAAUCUGGCGGCAGGCCAGUUGAGCUCUACCUCGUAGUUCGGCCGCCAAAGGGUGCGACAGAGCCUCGCUCGGAGCCCAGUUCGGUCUCCAAGGAGGCGGACACGCGGCCCUACGAGGAGAUCGAGUUCAAGAAGGGUAAGAGCAAUCGUGCCAGCGAUAUUUCCAUCAAGGUUACCGAGACUAACGGCCAGGUUGCCAACCCGGCCCCCCUCAUGGUUUCCCCUGUGCGGAGUGAUCCCCAGUGCGUGGCGUGUGGCACUAGCAGCCGCAUGAAGUGCAUCUGGCUGAACGACGCCGAGUUCUCUUUCCUGCGCUACCAGCCGUGGCAGUGCCUGCGCUGCGCCGUCAACCACUCGUUCGAGGCGGCCGGGGGCUGCAGCCAGGCUACGCGGCGCAACCUCUGCAUCUGGUUCACGCGAGUCACCCGGCUCAAGGCCAACUACACCGAGCUCCAGUGCAAGAUGCUCUCCUCCGCCGAAGCGGCCCGCCUUGAAAAUGAAGACUCGGCGCUGGUCAACUCGCCGGGAUACCGAACAACAGCCGACCGCAAUAGUGAGCCGCCACCUAGACGCGAUGAGAAGGACUACGAACCAGUGGACGUCGGUGCACAGAUGAACAGCGAUGGUGACAGACCAGUGGGUGACGAUCUGUACGACAUUCCCGUCGGCGCAACAACCACUGACCUGCCGUCUGGCGUCCUCUACAGGGUGCGGGCCACGUACAAGUACACGGCUGAAGACGUCGACGAGCUGAACUUCGAGAGCGGCGAGAUAAUCCGAGUGAUCGAGUACGACGACCCCGAGGAGCAGGAGGAAGGCUGGCUGAUGGGCAUCAAGGAGUCGACGGGCGAGAAGGGCCUCUUUCCGGCGAACUUCACGCGGCCCAUCUGAACGACGAGUUCACCCCCCCAUGUGGACACGAUCGAGAUUCCCGCUUUGUCGCCACACCGCGGCACGAAGCUCCUUUAGUCAGUCGUGUCUUGCGAGACUUUACAAAUAGUGCCUCUAAGGUUUCUCGCUUGCCAGGUCGUAUGUUGUUCAGAAGUGCCCUUAAUGGCAGAACAGUGCUCCUACAGGACACAAUUUGACGACACAACUUAGGCCGCCCGUAACUUAGUACAUUGUUCUGACAGCAACGAUACAUGUGUUCCACUCUUUCCAUUGAGUGCACGGCAGCUGUUCUCUCUUUCAUUUGGUCAUGUGACCUGUGCUCUGGGCUGUUUGCACGAGCCGCGUGUGCUUCCACUGGUUCUCGUCCAGGAAAGCGUGUUCACCACGGGCAUUCCCCGUAUUCGGCCCCGUAUGUUGCUUUGCCGUCAUGGAGCGAUUGUCAUGUUCCCGGACGGACUUUGUUCCCUCUCUCUCAAUUUAUUGUGACUCCUCUACGGUACUGCUCGGGUCUUCUGCAUAACAAGCUUAACCUGUGGCUGUGCUGCGUCUCACAGAGUUGCAAUGUAGUUGCAUUUCCUAGUUUUUCUCAUAAUUGUGUGAUGAUAUAUGGAAACUUGGGAACCUCACAUCCUCGCUGCGUGCUUAUUUAUUCCUUUCAUAAGGACCGAAAAACAUUCAGCAUGUUCAUUCUUCUUUUGUACCUUAUUUCCGUAGUUCGUGAUGCAUGUGUGUUCGAUAAGAUUCUUUGCUUCCCCAGGGUGCGCACUUUUCCCUGUAGAUAACCAUUAUCAGUCAAGCGGCUGAACGCAAGCUGAGAGGAGUUGCCUCCUAUCUUAAACUUACGAGGCAGCGUGUGACAAUCCCUCCAGUCUUCCGUCCAUCGGGGUCGUUCUGUUGACGGCUCCCGUCUUUUUUGAGCAGGGCCAUCCACGCUCCGCUCUAAGUGCCAAGCUCACAGGUGCAUACCAUGUUUGCCCACAGCUGCACUUUUUUGCAGCUGCCCUCGGAACAACCCUUUCUGACUUGCAGUGCUGCGACUGGAGUGCACUUGAUGCCAAGCCUCGGCGGCUGCAUUGUUCACCGAGCGUCGUUUGCCCACUGCCAAAUCGCGCGGGCCAUUGUUGGCUGGUUUUACAGAGAAGCUUCCUCUCGCGUCGAGGGGGUUGUCUUCCCACCAAAUGGUGCAGCUACACUGCGCGGAGGUGUGUGCGUACCGCUUAGCAGUGCUUGUUCGAUCGAAGCGGCAUUUAUGUCUUCACCAAUCGAUGGUGCGCCUUCGGCUGUACUUGGCCUUUUUUACAACAAAUUCUCCUAAUACAUUGGCCAAAUUAUGGGGCAGUUUAGCAGCAGCCUGGGCUGCCCAGUAGUCCCUAGUGUUCUGCACUUCCUCGAGGCUGUCGCAAUAAGGUUGUUACGGCAGCAUCUUAAUGCAACCCACACCACCUCUACGUUCCAUCGGACUACAUCUGUGCGUGCAUAUGUUAUUCUAUUUCUCUCGUGAACCUGUUUCUUGUUUUACUUGGCACUAUGCCAGUGAUAUCUUUCUGAGUACUUCCUCCUGAGUUUGGUGUAAGAGAGAUAAUUUGUUUGUAUUCGAGUGUAAAACACUAAACACCUCACCCUGUACGUUAACCAUGUCACCAGGCUUGCUUUGUCUGUCUGUGGUAAUGUUUUUUUCCUACUUGCAGUGUAACAAAGAGAUCUGAUAUUGUCUAAUGUAUAGUAAAGAAAUGAAUUCCCAA